UUAGCAUUUCUAAGGAAGGCUGCCUUUUGAAAGCCCGCUCCUCAGGGGGGCCUGCUCGUCAUCCUGCCGCGGCCGCGUCUGGGGAGUGGUAGCUCCCAGGCUUGGAGUUUGCUUGCCUGGUAGCCAAGGCAGGAGAGGGUGUAACACAAAUAGGAGCGAGAGACAAUAGCAGCAUUGUGACAAGAACAUGGAGGCCAACAAGCAGGGAGGGAAAACAAAACAGCCGGUGCCCCAGAAAGUCGGCAACAGCCUGUAUCACCAUCUGCUGGAUAAGAGGGCACUGCUGAACCCCAAGGAGGAAAUGAGGUUUUUGCUCCAUCGCCUGAUAUUCAUCGCUAAAAUCUCCCCUGAGCUGGCUGACCGGAGGACAUUGGGAGGUUACUAUGAGCGACUCUACCAGAACCUUCAACGCUACUAUCCUGGGGUGGGGAUCACAGGACUGCUGUUGCUGUAUCCGUCACAAAUGGUCCAUAUGGUCGAGUCCUCCAGUGAUGUGCUUUACUCCAUUCUGCGUGACCUGCGGGAUGCGGAGAGUCGGAGUCACAGCCCUCUGAUCCUGGAGCCCAAAGUCCUGGUGAUGUCGCAUGAUAUUCCUCACCGACUCUUUCAGCAGUGGACCUACAAGGUGCUCAGCAUCCCUUCCAGCAGGAUAACAGGCCAGGAGCACGAGGAGCCAACAGGCGAACUCAUUCUAGAAUCCCUGAGUGUCUUGCUGAAACUGGGGAUGCAUUUCCUGACAUCUCCAAAGGCCUCUAAAAACUCCGCAGACUCUGCCGUUUUUGACAAAGUGCCGGAGUUAAUCUUGCCCGAAGACACCAUCAAAAUCCUGCUCAAGUGCAAACAACUUUUGACCCCUGAGGAAUAUUUGAAGAGCUACGACGGUCCUCUAGACGUCAUGCUGGACUCAGAGUUUGUGUGGCCUCCAGCAGAACACUUCCUGCCUUUGGACUGAAGAUAGGCAGAGUGGGGGGGGGUAACAGGUGCUGUUAAACCGUGACUAGGACCCCACUGCGUGGGACAGCGAUGGACAACUGAAGAGCUGUGGCCAAUCCGGACUUGGCGGCUACUUCCCUACCUCCCAGCUGUUGGGUACGCCGCGCUAAUUAAUGGAUUGGUAAAUGAAACAGACCAGAAGGAGACAUGUCAAAAAUUUAAUCUGAUGUUUAAUUCCUUUACAGCAAAGUAAUUAAAAAAAAUAAUAAUUUAUAUCUGAUAAAAAAAGCAAAAAAAAAAAAAGAAUCUUCUGUGAUUUGCCAUUUUUUGCAGAUUUUGGUAAUGAGUUUAUUAUGAAAUACACAUUAUAUCUGACAGCGAGCGGUGCACACACUCCACCGGCUUGUGUUCUGCUAGACAUUUCUUUACAUAAAUAAAUGGAUUGUAGGAUUUGCAGUAA